AUGUCAAACCGUGGUUCUAAGUCCGAUGGUAGCAAGGGCGCAUAUUCGAAGAAUGAUGGUAGCGAUAAGAUGGUAGUGACGGAUGAAAUGGAGAAAACAGCCGAUGGAUACGCAUGUAAGUCUUGUGGAGGUCCUGAUACCGAAGAAAUGGUGCAAUGUGAUCAAUGCAACGGAUGGGAUCAUUACGAUUGUGUGGGAGUAACAGAUGAAGUUGCCAACCAGAGCUGGAGAUGUACCAACUGCAUGACCGCAAAAGGGUUCCAGCGAACUACGUCAACUUCAAACAUACAACCAACAUCGAAGGAUGCCAAGAAGGAGGCAAAAUCCAAACGUACGUCUUCUGUUCAGAAAGCCACAACAGCAGUACCUACUUGUUCAUCGCAUGACAAAGCAUCGAUUCACUCUGAGCCAUCAAAGUCCUCCAAGCCGAUGGAAAGUUGUCCACCUACAGAGACAUGUCCACCUAAAAAGAAGUCAGAACCAAUGUCGUCGUCGAAACAGUCCGAUUCAGUGCUGUUGAAGAAGCCGAAAGAAAUUCAUCAAUCGAGUUUACGCAAUGAACAACAGAAAGAAAUAGUUUUCACACCGUCAGUUGAAGGAGUUCCUACAAUCGAGCUAGAAAGGGCCUUUUCGGAAUUGUCAUGUUCAUCGUCGAAGAGAUCCGCCCGUAAUCGUGCUAAAUUAGAACUCUUGAAGUUGCAGGAAGAAAGGAAUUUCGAGGAGAAGCAACAGCUUGAAGAAGAAGAACGCCAACGAGUGGCUACUCUGGCGAAGGCAGAAAAGCACAAGGAGUUUCUAGAUAAAAAAUAUAAAAUUCUGGAAAACUUGGCUGAAGAAAAAGGGUCGAGUCGGUGUUCCGGUUCUAUCGUUUCAAGAAGUCGAGUAGAGGAAUGGGUUGAGUCUUCCAGUCAGGCACAAUUGGAAACCGAUAAACGUUCAUCUGAUCCUGCUACUCAGCAGCAAGCUCAACAAGUGGACAAUCUAAAAGAACAAACGCAGCAGAAACCGAUUCAGCGGCAAGAAGUUCUAUUAGAACAGCAGCAACGACAGCAACAACUGCAACAAGAGCAGCUCCAGCAGCAACGGCAAAAACAGUUGCAGAAUGAAGAAGAAUUCCGACGACAUCAACAGCUGCAACGUGAAGAACAACUGUAUCAAGAAAAACUUCUGCAUGAACGAAGGCAACGGUUACAACAGGACGAAGACCGCAUCAACCAACUAUGGGAACGACAGUUACUACUAGAAAAACGCUUGCGUGAACAACCAUUAACAAACACUAUUCAAUCUGAAAGUCAAAAGCCUUCCAGACAAAUUCUUGCGUUACAAUCUAACAUCCUUCAGGAGAAUCUUGAAUCAGAUAACCAUAACCGAGAUUCAGUGCGUAGACAGUCAGGUCAGUUUAGUCCAAAUACUCUACCUCAGUCGACGCGAGUUCAACCCGAGAUGGCUCACCCCAGUGGGCCUACUAUUGGCACUCCAAAUGCUACAAACGUUCAGAGAUUGCCAGAGAACUCUAUGAUUGUUGAAGAAGACUACAACCAGUUUCAGUUAUCACGCUCUCAGAUUGCAGCACGGCAGGCAGUUUCGAAGGACUUGCCUACAUUUUCCGGCAAUCCGGAAGAAUGGCCGAUCUUCUUAUCCAUGUUUAAUAGCACGACAGCUAUGUGUGGAUUCACGGAAGAAGAGAAUCUAGUUCGGCUGCAAAGAAGUUUGAAGGGGAAAGCCUAUGAGGCUGUUAAAUGCAGACUAAUGCAUCCCGGAAACGUUCAAGGAGUUAUGGACACACUGAGAAUGUUGUACGGUCAACCAGAAGUCAUCGUUCACUCGCUGAUUGGGAAGAUAAGUUCGUUACCGGCGAUUCGUGAGGACCGACUGGAAACCCUAGUAGAUUUCGCAGUGAGCGUGCAGAACUUUUGUGCGACAGUCGAAUCAUGUGGUUUGGAGGAAUAUAUGUACAACGUUGCUUUGUUACAUCAAUUAGUCAGUAAACUACCACCAUCGCUCAAGCUUAACUGGGCUCAACAUCGGAAGACGUUUCUCACGGUCAACCUGGUGACCUUCAGUGAAUGGGUGUUUACCCUUGCAGAAGCAGCAAGCUCCGUAACGUUUCCCACUGUAUCGUUGGAAACAAAACCCAGCCGCAACGAUACUCGGCGGAACAAGAAAGGAGACAGUUAUCUCAAUACGCACUCUGAGACUCCACAUGACAUGAGUUCUCAUACGUCCCCGAAAACGGUAGUACUUUCCACAUCAGCACCAAAUAAGGAGACUUGUCGAGUGUGCAAAGGAAACUGCAAAUCUCCGGACAAGUGCAAGCGCUUUCUAGAGUUCUCCAGAGAUUCCAGAUGGGCGAUAGUCAGGGAGUUUGGACUUUGCCGCACGUGCCUUCGCCAACACAAAGGAAAUUGCAAAGCCAAACCAUGCGGCAAAGAUGGGUGCACAUACCGACAUCACGAACUGCUACACAACGACCAAAAGACCCAAACAUCGACCGGGAACCAAGAAUCACUCCAAGCUAGUACUUCUAGACAUAGCUGCAACACACAUCAGACUACAUCAAGCUCUGUGUUAUUCCGUUAUCUCCCGGUAGUGUUGUCAGGUCCUGGGAAGGAGGUACAUACUUAUGCCUUUUUGGACGAAGGCUCCGCACUGACGCUCCUGGAUCAAGAGCUUGCUGACGAACUGAAGCUAGAUGGAACCACUAGUCCACUUUGUCUGCGCUGGACUGGAGGAACACAACGUCAUGAGAAGAAUUCCAGUAUCGUCAAGCUUCACGUUGCUGCAAGACAUCACGAAGCCAGAAAGUUUUCCUUAGAGGAUGUGCGAACGGUGAGCCAGUUGAUGCUACCACGUCAAACCUUGAACCUUGAUGAACUUGUGCGUCUGUAUCCUCACCUGAAAGGACUGCCGAUCGAGUCAUACCAAGACGCUCGUCCACGCAUCCUAAUUGGGAUGAAGCAUGCACAGCUGGGACUUUCUCUAAAGAGCCGCGAAGGAAAACUGGGUCAACCGAUCGCGAUGAAGACACGACUAGGGUGGACAGUCUGUGGGGGAUUGUGUAAUGGGGAGACUCCUAAUAUGUUUCAUUAUACGUUUCAUGUACAUUCGGACAAUGAUGAAUCUGACGAAGAUCUACAUCGAGCUGUGAAGGAGUAUUUUUCUAUCGACAGCAUUGGAGUUUGUAAGCCAGCUAAGUUACUCCUAUCGUUUGAAGAUGAGCGAGCUAGGUCUCUCUUAGAGUCCCGUACGCGUUUUAACGGCGAACGGUAUGAAACAGGCUUACUUUUUCGAUACGAUGAUUUCCGUCUACCUGAUAGCCGAGAAAUGGCGCUACGUCGGCAUCGAUCUCUGGAGAAACGCAUGGCGAAAGAUCAACGGCUGGCGGAAGUUCUACAGAAGAAAAUUUCAGACUAUACUACAAAAGGUUAUAUCCACAAGUUAUCCAACGAUGAAGUCAAACAACAUUGCAGCGACACCUGGUUCCUGCCAGUAUUCCCAGUCACCAAUCCAAACAAACCCGAAAAAGUGAGAAUAGUGUGGGACGCAGCUGCAAAAGUUCAUGGGAAGUCACUGAAUUCCGUUCUACUAAAGGGGCCCGAUUUGCUCUCCUCUCUGUUCGAAAUUCUACUCCGUUUUCGCAUUCAUCCUGUUGCAGUAACUGCAGACAUCCGCGAAAUGUUUCAUCAAGUGUUGAUACGUGAAGAAGACCAACGAUACCAAUGCUUCUUUUGGACGGAUGAACAGGGGAAUCUAGCAGUAUACAAAAUGAAAGUAAUGACAUUUGGGGCAUGCUGUUCUCCGAGUAGCGCUCAAUACGUGAAGAACAUAAAUGCAGAACGGUUCAAGAGUGAAUACCCGGCGGCAUACGAGGCCAUCACGAAAUCACACUACGUCGAUGACCUGUUAAUCAGUGUCGCUUCUGAGGACGAAGCCAUACAGAUAGCGAAGGAUGUUAGGCACGUGCAUGCACAAAGCGGGUUCGAGAUUCGAAACUGGAUCAGCAACUCCAGACGGGUAACGUCAGCACUACAAGAAGUAAACAUGGAGGAGAAAUGUCUUGACCUAUCAUCAGAACUGUCUACAGAGAAGGUCCUAGGUAUGUGGUGGAAUACAACGUCUGACGCAUUCACGUACAAAAUCGGUUGGACUCGUUUUGACGGAGCUCUGUUAAAUGGUCAACGACGACCUACAAAGCGCGAGGUUCUACGGAUUCUCAUGUCUAUAUUCGAUCCACUUGGACUGAUUGCUCACUUUCUAGCGUACUUGAAAACCUUGUUGCAAGAUAUCUGGAGAUCCGGUAUUGAAUGGGACGAAGAAAUAAACGACGUUGCAUUCACGGAUUGGCUCACCUGGCUGAAAGUCUUGCCCAAUGUCGAAAACGUUCACAUCGCCCGGUCCUACAGUGUCAGAUAUCCAUUCACCAAAGCGGACGAAAUACAACUGCAUACUUUCGUAGAUGCAGGGAAAAAUGGAAUGGCAGCUGCAUGUUUUCUUCGCCUUGCCAAGAAUAGUAUAAUUCAUUGUUCACUUAUCACCUCUAAAACCAAAGUCGCACCGCUGAAACUCACAUCGAUUCCUCGACUGGAACUACAAGCAGCGUUGAUAGGGACACGGCUCAGUCGAACAGUUAUCAACAAACUUGGGAUACGAAUCUCUAGGAAGUUUUACUGGUCAGAUUCGAGAGAUGUUUUAUGUUGGAUUAACUCCGAUCAUCGUCGAUAUACUCAAUUUGUCGGGUUCAGGAUAACGGAGAUCCUAGAGACUACGGAAGCACAGGAAUGGCGAUACGUACCAAGCAAACUAAACGUUGCCGACGAUGGCACCAAGUGGGACAAACAACCUGAUUUAUCUCCCGACAGCAGGUGGUUCAAUGGACCAGAUUUCCUAUGGACAACCGAAGACAAGUGGCCACAGUUAGGAAUCCGGAACAAAUCCACAGAUGUUGAACUCGUAGCAAGCCUUUCCCUCCACUACGCUCUCUAUGAACCGAUUGUCCUCAUCGCUGACUAUUCUAGUUGGGUUCGGUUGAGAAAUGUUGUAGCACGUGUGUUACGGUUCAUAAAAAAUUUGCGAUCCAAGCAACGGAAACAUCCAAUCAUCACAGGACCACUCGUCGGAAAUGAACUCUGCGCUGCUGAAGCUUAUUUGAUUCGUCUCGCGCAACAAGAAGGUUACCCCGAGGAAGUCUCCGUUUUCCUGAGUUCAAGGCAGAAGGAAGACGGCUCAACAACGACCCUUCGGAAAUCAAGCUCACUCUACAAGCUGACACCAUGGCUGGACGAAUGUGGCAUUCUACGAAUGAGAACUCGUAUCGCAGCCUGUCAAUAUGCAACUGAAGAUGCGAAGAAACCCAUCAUCCUACCAAGCAAGCACCAUAUCACUACCCUUAUAAUUUCGCACUACCACAACGAAUAUCAUCACCAAAACCACGAAACGGUGAUAAACGAACUGCGACAGAGAUAUCAAAUCAAGCAUCUACGCUCGCGCUUUCAACAAGUAUGCAGAGAUUGCCAGAGAUGCAAGGUUGAACAUGCCGCACCAAACCCUCCACUCAUGGCAGAUCUACCUCCUGGACGCCUGGCAGCAUUCUCACGCCCGUUCACGCACACAGGAAUAGACUACUUCGGCCCAAUCGAAGUAGUCGUUGGAAGGAGAGUCGAGAAACGUUGGGGAAUGCUAGCGACCUGCUUGACCGUUCGAGCGAUACAUAUAGAAGUAGUACACUCAAUGACUACUAGUUCUUGUAUCAUGGCAAUCCACAAUUUCAUCGCUAGGCGCGGGCAACCCUGUAAAUUCUACAGCGAUCGGGGAACUAAUUUCGUCGGGGCCGAGCGAGAACUGAAGAAGAUGAGAGAAACGAUCGAUCAUAACGUUAUUAUGAAAGAGUUUACCAAUACCAAGACUGAGUGGUUGUUUAAUCCACCAUUGGCGCCACACAUGGGCGGAAGCUGGGAGCGACUUAUUCGUACAGUAAAGAACAACUUAAUGGCCGUCUGCACAACGAAAAAGCCAUCUGAUGAAGUACUGCGUAACACACUAAUCGAAAUUGAAAACGUGGUUAAUUCCCGUCCGCUUACGCACGUGCCGUCAGACGAAGACUCUGCUCCCGCUCUCACACCGAACCACUUCCUAUUGGGAUCGUCCAACGGAAACAAACCGCUCGUCACGAUUAACAACUCUGGGCUCACCUUGAAGCAGAACUGGUGCACUUCCCAGGUCCUGGCAAAUCUGUUUUGGAAGCGAUGGCUUACGGAUUAUUUGCCCGAAGUCACCCGUCGAACCAAAUGGUUCCAUGCAGUGAAACCUAUCACCAGUGGAGAUAUCGUAGUCAUCGUUGAUCCCAAGAUGCCCCGAAAUUGCUGGCCCAAAGGAAGAGUCAUCAAUACAAUCCUCGGACGAGACGGACAGGUACGGUCUGCAACCGUACAGACAGCCGCUGGAAUCUACGAGCGCCCGGCCGCCAAGCUGGCGGUGCUAGAUGUUCAGCGCGUCGAGUCGUAA